CCCUUUUUAGUGGCCAACUUGGUCAUACUGCCAGCGCCACUGAAAGCGGUUCAAAUGAGUGGGAAAAAACAGUUUCGGUGUGCCGCCAGAGCCAACAACAGGCUGAUUUUGGCCCAUUAACCGCUGCGUGGGUGUGUGGUGCUGGACAGAGUUGAACAAAAUCAAUCGUAUGACACAUGCGCUGUGGCGGGCGUGGUGAGAAAAAUGCCAGGACAUGCCAGGCAUAGCCAAAAUAUGGCCAGCAGUUGCUGUUGUCCGCAAGCAAAGAUGUUUAAUUAAAUGGCAAAGAGUUAGGUCAAAGUUCGUUCAUAAAGCCAAACCCAAGUGAAGUUUUGCCGUUGAAUAAUCGACACGAAAGUGGAAAGCCGCGGGGCAGUGCAUAGUCUUUGGGGUCGUUCCACAAAUAUGCCACCAAGUGCGGCAACUUGUGCCUGUUGUCUAUCGAUUUGUGUGUAACUCUUUCCCACGAAGCUGCUGCUGCUGCUGCUGCUGCUGCUGCAAAUGCAAAUAAUGCAAACGCCCCCAACACUGAGAGACGAUUAAUUGCAGCAGCGAAAACAGGCAAACGGAAAUCGCAGCAAUAAACAACAAGAAGCCCAAGGAGCCAGCAUGGAUGUGGGUGGACAGGACACUACCUAUGAGCCGCUGGACCGAGACAGGGCUGGCAGCAUUCCGGCCGGCGAGGGCGGACGCCGUCAUCCUGGCAGCAUGGACAGUCCUGAGUAUGAGACGCGUGCACCCAAGGACCAACGGCGUGCGGUUUAUCUGGCCCUAAUGGCAGCGGGCAUUGGCUUUGUGUUGCCCUACAAUAGUUUUAUAAUCGCCGCGGACUACUGGCAGGGACGCUUUCCCGGCCGACAUGUGGCCCUGGACAUGUCCAUGACGUACAUCUUUGUCGCCUUUGCCACUGUCUUGCUGAACAACAUUGUCCUCUCGCUGGCCCCCUUCCAGAAGCGUGUCAUUUUCGGCUACAUGGUGUCCUUUACCACGCUCGUGUUUGUGGCCGUCUGCGAGGUGGCCUGGCACAUGUUUGCCACGAAUACCGCCUAUUUGGUCAACAUGUCCGCUGUGGCGCUCACAGCCAUCGGCUGCACCGUGCAGCAGUCGAGCUUUUAUGGUUUCGCCUCGAUGCUGCCGCAGCAGUACACGCAGGCGGUGAUGGCGGGCGAGAGCAUUGCCGGAUUUCUAGUGUCUUCCAACCGGGUGGUGACCAAGCUGCUGAUCAACAACGAUCGCGUGUCCACAGUCAUCUUCUUUCUGACAUCCACGCUGUACAUUAUCUUCAGCUAUCUGCUGCAUCGGGCCACCAUCAAUUCGCCCUUUGUGCGUUACCAUGUGGAGGCGUGCUCUAAGAUUAUUCUGCGACCAGAUGAGCAGGAGAUUGACGGUGUCCCAAGCACCACCCAUUAUGGUGUGCUCUCCAUGGAUGGCACUCACACCACCACGACCAUAUCGGGUGGACAUGCCGCUGCCGCUGCCGCAAAUACGCUCAGCUUCAGCAAUCCCGUGUACGAGCUGUCCAACCCCACGGCCGGCGAGAGCAGCAUCGAGGCACUGGGCCAGCUGCCCUCGGAUCUGCCGGCGACUCCCCAUGAGCCAACAACGCCCACAACCGUGGCCUUCAAGGUGGAGCACGUGAUCCAGCCGCGUCGUUGCAGGCCGAGCAAACUGAGUGACAUACGUGAGGGAUUUGUGAGCAGGUGGCGCGUGGCACAGGUCAUCUAUCCGUACAUGGUGUGCAUUGCCCUGGCCUACUGCGUGACCCUGUCCCUGUACCCGGGCAUCGAUGUGGAGGUGCAGUCGUGUGCCCUCGGCUCCUGGAUGCCCGUCCUGCUGAUGUUCUGCUUCAAUCUGUCGGAUGUGGCUGGCAAGAUGCUCGCCGCCAGUCCGUAUCCUUGGUCACGCCGUCAGCUGAUCCUGUUGUCGGGCCUGCGCAUCGUGCUCGUGCCCCUGCUGCUGCUCUGCUGUGCGCCGCGCCAGCGUCCCGUCAUAUCCGGAGAGACAGCGCCCUUCGUCUUCACCAUCGCCCUGGGCAUCACCAACGGAUUGGCCGGCAGUCUGCCCAUGAUCCUGGCACCGGCCAAAGUGCCGGGCACCCUCAAAGAGGUCACCGGCAACAUAAUGACGCUGUCCUACAAUGUGGGCCUGACCGUUGGCUCCCUGAUUGGCUACGUGUUUGAGAGCAUGCUGGGGCCGCAGCUUUUGAAUCCCUGCCCCUCGUACCCGUAUGUGCCCGUGUCGAUGCUGGAACACAUUCACGGCCAUGGCCACGGCCACAUGCCACCCCUACCGCUGAGCAGCAGCACCACCAUCCCUCCCACGACCAGCACAAGCCCAGCCACGUCUCUGGUUCCGUUUCUGCUGAAUGCAACGAUUGCGACCCUCACUGGAGGCAGCAGCAGCAGCAGCAGCGUCAGUCCGCUAACCGAGAGCUCGAGUUCAAUGAGCACCACAGCCAGUCCGGCCUUGGCCACGGUCAUAACCACCACAGCCCUGGCUCUGUACAGCACCGUGGCUGGGAGUAGUGCCGAGGUCCUCAAUGCCACCAUGUCCACGUUUCUGUCUACGGUCAGCAGUUCGGUGGGUGACAUUAGUGAUGAGCUGGCUGGGGGCAUGACCACAGAUCCACAGACACCAGAGGCAUUGCUAGAGAAUAUUUGAAGAAACAACAGAAACUCCAUUGACUUGUUACUUGAGCUCUACUGAAAGUCAUCCCUUCCCUCUCUCCCUUGUUCAACUUAUUUGUGGGCAAUUUUGUUGUGAAACUUGCCAUAAAAUAAUACCCGCUGACACAGAAAACAAAACAUUUCCCUUUUUUUAACCAUACGCAGGGAUGUUUUCAAUUUAUCGUAGGAAGGGUGAACAACGCAGAUAAAGUGCUUACGGAUUCUAAAUAUUAAAAGAUAUUUAGCCGAAAUCUUUUUUGAAAUUUCCAAUAAUCUGCCACAAACAAAUUGCUUUGACUUUGCUCUUUCAGCUCAAACAAAAAGUUACUGCAGAAAUACUCUAGAAUAUACUCGUAAAAUGGAAAUAGCAUAAUCUUGUCUGUACUAACACCAUGUAUAUCUACUAUAGCUGAAAUGUGUCUAGUAUAACUUUGUUUAGUGGUUGAUUUUAGCUGUUCUUGACUUGAGGAUUUAUAACACUCCGCAUAGAUAUAAAGGAAAGAAACAAAUCUGUUGACUUAGAUCUACACAUAAGGAUAAGUGUGUGUGCUUGUGUGUGAUCCAUUACUGCUACAAGAAAUCGAAUUGGAAUAUUGGUUAACGUUUGAUUUUCGAUUUAGUUUGUUUUGCCACCACACAGCAGAGCCCGUUCCAAAUGAUGUUUGUUAGUACUUGUAUAGCACAUAAGAAUUUAUGAGUUUAUGGUUGGUUGGGAUCUUGGGAUCUCAGGAUGUGGUUUAGCAAUGUAAGCAUUCAAGUGUAGCGCGGCUUUCUCCUUUCGUUUCGUUUUUGUUGUUCGUUUCGUUUGAUAUUUGUGCUAGCUGCAAUUUUAGUCGAAUUUCAGCCGAAUAGUUGUUAGUUUUGUGUAUGAAAAGACAGGAAACGUAUGAGAAAUUGUUAACAUAGAAAUAUUUCAAUAUUAUGGCUGGGGGGAAAUAUCGAAAUUCCCUUUAUGGAAAUAUGGAAGUAUUUAUUAAGACGCUGGGAUCACAGGGCUGUGAGCAGUGCGGGACAACAGACUCUUCAGAUCAUGUCGGUAUUAGUGUAACUAGAUAACAAAUCAAUAAUUUCUUGUUGAUAACCAACAUGCAAAUGAGGAAACUAACAAUAAUUAAGAAAUUAGCCUUCAAUGAAAUAAAAUAAAUAUA